UACAAGCCUCCAGAGCGUCUUCUUCCGGCGGGAGCUGUGCGGCUCCUUACCAUGGGGACAAUUCAUUUCUUUCGAAAACCGCAAAGAUCUUUUUUUGGCAAAUUAUUACAGGAAUUUACACUUGUAGCAGCUGACCGAAGGUCCUGGAAGAUAUUGCUCUUUGGUGCAAUAAACUUAAUAUGUACUGGUUUCCUGCUUAUGUGGUGCAGUUCUACUAACAGUAUAGCUUUAACUGCCUAUACUUACCUGACCAUUUUUGAUCUGUUUAGUUUAAUGACAUGUCUAAUAAGUUACUGGGUAAUGAUGAGGAAGCCGAGCCCUGUCUAUUCAUUUGGAUUUGAACGAUUAGAAGUCCUGGCUGUAUUUGCCUCCACAGUUUUGGCACAGUUGGGAGCUCUCUUUAUAUUAAAAGAAAGUGCAGAGCGCUUUUUGGAACAGCCUGAGAUACACACGGGAAGAUUAUUAGUUGGUACUUUUGUGGCUCUUUCUUUCAACCUGUUUACGAGGCUUUCUAUUCGGAAUAAACCUUUUGCUUAUGUCUCUGAAGCUGCCAGUACAAGUUGGCUUCAAGAGCAUGUUGCAGAUCUUAGUCGAAGCUUAUGUGGAAUUAUUCCAGGACUUAGCAGUAUCUUCCUUCCUCGAAUGAAUCCAUUCGUUUUGAUUGAUCUUGCUGGAGCAUUUGCUCUUUGUAUUACAUAUAUGCUAAUUGAAAUUAAUAAUUAUUUUGCUGUAGACACUGCCUCUGCCAUAGCCAUUGCUCUGAUGACAUUUGGCACUAUGUAUCCCAUGAGUGUGUACAGUGGGAAAGUAUUACUCCAGACAACACCACCUCAUGUUAUUGGUCAGUUGGAUAAACUUAUCAGAGAGGUAUCUACCUUGGAUGGAGUUUUGGAAGUCCGAAAUGAGCAUUUUUGGACUCUAGGUUUCGGUUCAUUGGCUGGAUCGGUGCAUGUAAGAAUUCGACGAGAUGCAAAUGAACAAAUGGUUCUUGCUCAUGUGACCAACAGGCUGUACACUCUAGUGUCUACUUUGACAGUUCAGAUUUUCAAGGAUGAUUGGAUUAGGCCUGCCUUACUGUCUGGGCCUGUUGCAGCCAGUGUCCUAAACUUUUCAGAUCAUCAUGUAAUCCCAGUGCCUCCUUUAAAGGGUACUGAUGAUUUGAACCCCAUCACAUCAACUCCAGCUAAACUUAGUAGUCCACCUCCAGAAUUUUCAUUUAACACCCCUGGAAAAAACAUGAGCCCAGUUAUUCUUCUGAACACACAAACUAGACCCUAUGGUUUGGGUCUUAAUCAUGGACACACACCUUAUAGCAGCAUGCUUAAUCAAGGCCUAGGAGUCCUAGGAACUGGAGCAACCCAAGGAUUCAGGACUGGUUUUACAAAUAUGCCAAGUAGGUAUGCAACUAAUGAUAGAAUUGGACAACCAAGACCAUAAGGUACUCUAAUUUAAUUUAUUUUUAUGAGGAAUAUUAACUUCUUGACUUCCAGUAUUUAGUUACUCAACUUUUGCAUUGACUGUUCAAUCAUUUACUCCAAAUGUUGGAGAAUAGUAAUCUCGUUCACAUUUCAUGAAACCUAUGAAACUAUAUUUUUGUAAAAUGUAUUUGGGGCAGUGAGAGCCUUGUAAAUGCUAUAGUCUUUAAAUAGAAGUUUGCUGUAGAACACAUGUUUCUCCAAAUUUGAAUUUUGCUAUCUGUGGUUUUGUAGUUGACUACUGUGUAAACAUGACAUUAGCUUUAUAAGACAACCACGUGAUAAAGUGGAUCCUAUCAGGUUAUUAAUAUUGCAGUAUUUUCUUCAGUGAAAUUUAUAAACAUUCUUCUUGAAUAGUGACACACAUUUUAGGAACGGAAAAAAAUGUCCAUUCUGAAAGUAAAAGUCUCUUUUAUAGCUCUUCUAAACUCAAUUGCUACAUUUUUUUUAAGGCUUUCCUGAAUUAUGUCCUAUAAAGUAAGGGCACAUUUUAAAAUCAAACUUUGGAACACAUUCUAAUAUCUAGCAAAAAUUAAAAAAAUUUAUCAGGUUUUUAAAAUAGUUUUCUCAUUAAAAUUAUUUUGUAGCAUUUGUAAAUAGUCCAUGGUUUUCAGUGUUUCAUUUUGGUUAAGUAGAUUACAUUUAAUCAAAUACUGACAGGAUAGCAUUUAUCUUUUUUGUUAAAUUUUUUUAGUUGACCUUUUAAUUUUUUAUUUUAUUAGCAAAAUAAAUGGACUGUAUUGCCAAAAAAAAAAAAAAUUCCAUACAUGAUAUGAAAUUUGAUUUCAGAGCUACGCAAACAAUUUGAGUUUACAUUAUAUAAUUUUACCAAAACAUAAUGGACCUUAGUGUGUAGUAUACAGUAUUAAGUCUACAGCAGAUAAUUUCUAACCUUUUUUUUUUUAACGUUUUAAAAAAUAGCGAAUUGUUAACUGUGGUGACGUGUGAGAAUCAUGUAGAUAAUUUUAUUUAUUUUGAUUGUUUUCCAAAUGCAAAUUUUAAGGACUUUCCCAUGUGGUCAGUAUUACUAAAAAAAAAAAAAAAAUAACAAGUAGCAGUAACAUUAUCUAUGAGGUUUUUCAGGUUGUCAUGAGUUCUACAACUAUAGUUUUUAAAAAGGGAUUUUUAGAAUUGAUUCAGCUUUCCUAGUAUCCAGUGUCCUGGAAAUUUAUGGCUUUUCUAGUCACCAGUCAGCUAUCCAGAGAAUAUUCUUGUUUUUGUAGAAUUCCCAACAAUUUAUUCAAUCAACUCAUCCUUUUUUAAAUGUAUCAGUACUUCCAAAUCCUAUUUCUUCACUGUGUAGUAGCCAACACCUAAGCCGCCGCCUCUGUCAAGCAGAAUUGUAGUCAUCCUGUGGUAAUAAGUGACCUUGUCUCAAAUAACAUUUUCUUGGUGGAGAGUCAAUCAUUGUCUUUGACAUCUGCAACUCUGUUCAAGCAUUUUAUCUGCUGACACAAUAGAGCCCACAGUAUUGGAUGUGGGAGAAAAUGAAACUUCCUAAAAUGUAGUAAGGCACUCUACUACUUUUUUUUUUUUUUUUCCCUUUGGUCUUAUGUUCUCCAUCUAUUACUCUACCUAUUAUUAGUCUACUAUUACAGGGUAAUUUUUCCUCCAUUGACCUCAACAAAAUGUGAAUUGGGGUCAUGCAUGAAAUCUGAAGAACGGCCAUGUACUGAGGGAUGUUUAAUAGGUAUGUGUUACCAUCCCAUGCUUGUCUUCUACACCUCCAUGAGAUUUUAAAAGGGUUCUGGUACUGACUACACUUCUGUGUGAGGCCAUAUGCCUAUUUCCUCAACACCCAUGCAGAGGCAACACCAGUGCAGCUGUCCCACCAAAGGUUCUUUACUACCACCUACACUAUUUGAGAAUGGACACUCCAUGCAUUACUGUAUAGAAAAGUCUUAUUUGCCAAACUCUGGCCAGCUUCUGGAUAUGAAAAUAAGAAACUUUGCAGCAUUGGCCUAUAGGCAGCAGCCUUGCUACUAGAUGUUGCCACACAAUUGGUUAAAAUGGACAAAGAAAGAAGUUUGAAUUAAAUUCUUGGCCUGUGGUUUUUGAUUGAGCAUGAUACAUGAAGUGUGAUUAGCCCUGUUCUACAAAGACAGUGUAUUGUAAUUAAAAAAACAAAAAAGCACUGGACUAGGAGGCAAGCAAUUUGGAUUCCAAUCCUGAUUCUGCCACUAUGUAAGUACUUUUGGGCAAGUCACUGAACUUCUCUAAGUGUUCUCACCUAUAAAGUUAGGGAGGAGAAUGAUCUGGUAGAUCUGUAAAAUAUCAUGACCAGCUCCAAAGAAUGUAUACCCACUUGCAAAACAGAAUAUUUUGUCCAGAAUUUCUUUGCAGUGACUACCUCAGUAUACAGGCCAAGUGUUGCCCACGCCAACACCCAAGCCAUUAAUAUGAGGUGCCGUGAGUAAAAGGUGAACUGUGGGAAGUUAUCACUUAGGUUUUUGGUUUUUUUCAGAGUUGUCUUGGUUGACAUAAAUUCAGAUUAACAUAUUUUUUUAGAACUCUUUCUUUUUGGGGAAGGGAUAUUUUUGAGGUCUUAGAGGAGAGAUCAGGCAGUGUGUAUAGGAUAUGAAAGACUAGGGUACAUUUUCCCUUUCUUUAAUCUCUGAAGUCACAGUUGGAAUUACUUACAUGCAUCACCUUCUGGAGAGGACCUGAAUUUCAAGCUUCUGUUUUAGCUGCUUGUAAUUUGCCAGUUUUCUGCUUCAUUAAAGAAUGCUGAUCCUUUUUGGGAGUCUGAACUGGUUCUAAUUUAAGAAAGUGAUUUUUAAAUUCCAAAUCUAAAUGAAUUAAACUGAAUUAAAGAACAUACAUGGAAUUUUCCCUCUGAUUUUAAAUAACUUUGUUUUGUUUCUUUAUUCAACAGUUACUUGUUGAUAAUUUAAGUAUCUCAUAUUCAGCAAACAUUUAUUGAGAAUCUACUAUGUGCCAGGCACUGUACUAAGUAAAUAUGCAUACAAAAUCUCA